AUGCCUGAGAAUUAUAGCUGUGAUCAUUGUGAAAAAACAUUCACGAAUCGUCGACACUAUGAUCUGCACGUUGACGGUCAUUUGCGCAACAUUUGUCGAGUUUGCGGAUCAUCAUGCAACAGCCGCAAGAUGUUGGUCGCUCAUAUGUCUACAGUCCAUGGAUCCAAAUUGGAACCAAUUGUGUUGAAUUGUAAGUACUGUAUGAAAACGUUUGUUCAAAAACGUUCGUUGCACUUGCAUUACAAGACCGUGCACAAAAACACGGGUACUAUAUGUCUUGAUUGCGGACAGCCGUUUGACAGCAAACAAGAACUUGCUGAUCAUGUAAAAACAAUUAAGCACGGCGAUGGUUUCAUAUGCCAUAAGUGUGGAGAAGUAUUCACCCGAAACCAACAAUAUAAAUUACAUUUACAAAGGCACGAUGCAUACUGUUGUUUCAAUUGCAAUGCACAAUUUGCAAAUUCUAAAAAGUUGAACAAACAUUUGAAAUUGUGUGUUUCAAUACCACCGACCGACAACUAUUCAAAAAAUAAACAGUCAACCACAGGUGUUGUAUAUGAAUGCAUUGAGUGCAAAAAGUCGUUUGAGAAAAAAAAAUAUUAUAAACGCCAUAUGAAAACAGUCGUUCACUCAGGUAAUAAAGUCGAUAAUCCAUUUUAUUGUGCCCAUUGUCCAAAGAUAUUUUAUUAUAAAUUUAAUUUAUCAUCACACAUGAAACAAGUUCAUUUUAAACAGUACAAUAAUUAUAUUUGUAACUUGUGCGGGCGGAGUUUUCAGUAUGCAAACAAUUACAAAAGGCACAAAGAUUCUCAUAUGCAAGUCAGAAACUAUGUUUGUGAACAUUGUGGUGCUUGUUUUUAUCGAAAACACGCUUUGCAAGAUCACCAAGUUGCUAUACAUAAUGAAGAAAAGAAUUUUGUUUGCAAUGUAUGUGGUGAUAAUUUUAAAUUAAAAUCAAUUUUAAUAAGGCAUAUGGAAAAUCAUUCUGAAACCAAAAAAUAUGUGUGUCAUUGCAAACGUAUAUUUAAAUUUGCAUCCAAUUUACGACGUCACCAAGUCAACAUCCAUAAUCAAGUAUAUACUGAAUCUGUUAAAGUAAAACGCUUUGUAGAAGAUAAUAGCCGUUCAUCUCCAUCGGCGGUCAUGAACGAAGAAAAAGAAAUACAAAGAUUGAAACAAAAAAAUAUCAACCCCCUUCGAUUUGAAGACAGUGUAUCAUAUUCAUUGAUGGCAUAUCAUGAUAACUUAGAUUUAAGUAGUGUGGAUAUAGCAGAGAGUGUACUUCAAGUAGCCUCUUCUUCAAAUUACAAGAUAGAAUGUGAAGAUAAUUCAUGUUUUCCUGGAAUUCAUCCUCCUAUUGAAACAUCUCUAGUAUGCAGUUUAAAUGAUGGUGUAGAUUUGUCUCCUAAUUCUUCACAGCAAUACUUAUCUGAUUAUGUUGUUCCACAUCAGUUUCCAUUUUUGAAUAUUUGA